UAUGAAAUGGAGAUAGGACAAAAAAGAGUUUCUUGAAAAAAGAAUACCAAGUAAAACUCAUUUGAAAUGGGGCUAGGACAAAAGGUUUGUUGAGAAAAGAAAAUGAGAAGAAAGGAAAAGGUUAUCAAGAGAGGCCAUUGAAAUUGGUGGAGCAAAAAAUGGAAGCUUGCUGUGUGUUUCAGUCUAUAAUUGCUGUUUCAUCGCCUUUAUUUUCUUCUAUUCCAAAUCCCAAACAAGCUUCCAACAGAAAUGGAGGCAUUCACAAGUUGCGGUGUGUAGCAAAAAAGAUAAAUACAACUUCAAUUUCCGGCGAAUUUCAUAAUGAUUGUGUCUCUUCAAAUCAGUCUCCUGUUUCCCGUAUUGAUAGACAGUCCACAAUUCUUCAAAUUCAGGAGUCAUCCGACUUGAGUUCUGCUCUUGCAAGGCAUGGUGAGAUGCUUAAUGUACAAGAUAUAAAUGUGAUUUUGCGCUAUUUCGGGAAGCUAAAUAGACGACAGGAGCUUUAUCAGGUGUUUCAUUGGAUGAGGCAGAAUCAAAAGAUCAAUGUUGCGUCAUACAGCAGCUAUGUAAAGUUCAUGGGGAAGAGCCUCAGUUGUGUUGAGGCUAUAGAAAUAUACAGUAGCAUCAAAGACAGGUCGAUAAAGUUUAAUGUCUCAGUCUGUAAUGCAUUUCUUAGUUCUCUAGUCAAAAAUGGAAAAUCUGAGAGCAGUCUCAAACUGUUUACUCAAAUGAAGCAAGGUGGUUUAGUACCAGAUGUUGUCACAUAUAGCACGCUUCUUGCAGGCUGUGCCAAAGUAAAGGAUGGAUACUGUAAGGCACUAGAGCUGGUUCAGGAGCUGACGUCUAAUGGACUGCAAAUGGAUAGUGUGACUUAUGGAUCACUCCUUUCUGUCUGUGCUUCGCAUAAAGAGUUCAAUGAAGCUGCAAAGUACUUUCAGAAGAUGAAAGAUGAAGGUCAUUCUCCUAAUGUAUACCACUAUAGCUCUUUACUUAAUGCUUACUCUGCUGACGGAAAUUGCGAAAAGGCUGAGGCAUUGAUUGAAGAGAUGAGAUCUGCAGGUUUAGUAUUAAAUAAGGUAAUCUAUACAACUUUGUUGAAGGUAUAUGUGAAAAGAGGCUUGUUUGAGAAGUCAAAGGAACUACUAAAGGAGUUAGAAGCUCUUGGGUAUGCUAAGGAUGAGAUGCCAUUUUGUCUCCUAAUGGAUGGCCUGGCAAAGUCUGGACAUCUUCUUGAAGCAAAAUCAGUAUUUGAUGAGAUGAUGAAAAAGCAGGUGAAAACCGAUGGCUACUCCUAUAGCAUUAUGAUUUCUGCAUUCUGCCGCAGUGGGCUUCUCGAAGAUGCAAAGGAAUUAGCUUCUGAAUUUGAAGAGAAAUAUGACACAUAUGAUGUAGUUAUUUUGAAUGCGAUGCUCUCUGCCUACUGCAGAGCAGGAGAAUUGGAGAAUGUAAUGAGCAUGAUGAAGAAGAUGGAUGACUAUGCAAUUAGUCCUGAUUGGAAUACAUUUAAUAUUCUUGUAAGAUAUUUCUGCAAGGAGAAACUAUAUUUGCUUGCCUAUCGUACCAUGGAGGACAUGCAUAGAAAAGGUCAUCAGCUAGAGGAGGGACUUUGUUCCUCUUUGAUUUAUCAUCUUGGUCAGACCCGUGCACAUUCAGAAGCAUUUUCUGUAUACAACAUGUUGAGAUAUAGCAAAAGAACCAUAUCCAAAGCCCUUCAUGAGAAUAUUCUGCACAUUUUGAUUGCUGGGGGCCUCCUCAAAGAUGCUUAUGUUGUAGUCAAGGACAAUGCAGGAUUCAUCUCCCAGCCGGCUAUCAAAAAAUUUUCUGUCAACUUCAUGAGAUCUGGCAAUGUAAACAUAAUCAAUGAUGUGAUCAAGACCAUGCACAGCUCUGGACACAAGAUUGAUCAGGAAUUAUUUGAUAUGGCUAUGUCACGCUAUAUUGCCAAACCAGAAAAGAAGGAAUUACUUGUCCAGUUACUGAAGUGGAUGCCUGGUCAAGGUUAUGCUAUCGAUUCGUCGACUAGAAAUUUGAUUCUGAAGAACUCUCAUUUAUUUGGCCAUCAACUUAUUGCUGAGACAUUGUCCAAGCAGCUUGUGAUGUCAAAAAAGGUGAAACCUCACAAGGAAAAUGCAAGAUAAGGGAAGCUGGAUGCCUAAGUUGGACAUCAGUUUGCUUUCAGACAACUUCGAUAUGCUGCAGGUCUUAAGCUGAUAAUUUAUGCUGGCUUUAUUGAGUCGAGGGGUUCAGAUGACAAAAGUCUAAACAGAGUUGUCCAGUUUACAAACUCGGACAAGGACAAAUACAAGGAUCCACGAGACCAUUUCGCCAUAAUUUAAUUCCUAGAGAACUUAUUCCAAGCGAGGCAAAGUUCUUAUUACUUCUUACGCUGAACAAAAUUAAGUCAUAUAUAAGGAUACUUUAGCUCAUAAAUUUUCAUUAAACGAACAAGAAGGACAAUUUAGUGGAUUCUGCCAAUUGUUCACCUCAUUGGUAUAUUAAUACCAUUUUCUCUUAUGUAAAUGAUUUCCAUCCAGUGAAAUAGUAAUAAGGAAAUAAUGUCCACGUUAAUAAAAUAGAUGAAGUACUUGUAUGUUCUCUUAAA